GGCUCAGGCGCGCGGCCAGCGGCGGUUGGCUGCUCGCGGGUCGGCGGGCGGUUGGCGAGAGCCGGACCUGAGCUGCAGCUGCUAGAACCGGCGCCAUGGUGGAGAAGGAGGAGGCUGGCGGCGGCAUCAGUGAGGAGGAGGCGGCGCAGUAUGAUCGGCAGAUCCGCCUGUGGGGAUUAGAGGCUCAGAAACGGCUGCGGGCCUCCCGGGUGCUUCUUGUUGGCAUGAAAGGACUCGGGGCUGAAAUUGCCAAGAAUCUCAUUCUGGCAGGAGUUAAAGGACUGACCAUGCUGGAUCAUGAACAGGUAUCUCCAGAAGAUCCCAGAGCUCAAUUCCUGAUUCGUACUGGGUCUGUUGGCCGAAAUAGGGCUGAAGCCUCUUUGGAGCGAGCCCAGAAUCUCAACCCCAUGGUGGAUGUGAAGGUGGACACUGAGGAUAUAGAGAAGAAACCUGAGUCAUUUUUCACUCAGUUUGAUGCUGUAUGCUUAACUUGCUGCUCUAGGGAUGUCAUAGUUAAAGUUGACCAGAUCUGCCACAAAAACAGCAUCAAGUUCUUCACAGGAGAUGUUUUUGGCUACCAUGGAUAUACAUUUGCCAAUCUUGGAGAGCAUGAAUUUGUAGAGGAGAAAACCAAAGUUGCCAAAGUUAGCCAAGGAGUAGAAGAUGGACCUGAUACCAAGAGAGCAAAACUUGAUUCAUCUGAGACAACUAUGGUCAAAAAGAAGGUGGUCUUCUGCCCUGUGAAAGAGGCACUGGAGGUGGACUGGAGCACUGAGAAAGCUAAGGCUGCCCUGAAGCGCACGACCUCUGAUUACUUUCUCUUGCAAGUGCUUCUGAAAUUCCGCACGGAUAAAGGAAGAGAUCCUAGUUCUGACACCUAUGGGGAAGAUUCUGAGUUGCUGCUCCAGAUACGAAACGAUGUGCUUGACUCAUUGGGUGUUAAUCCUGAUUUGCUUCCCGACGACUUCGUCAGGUACUGCUUCUCCGAGAUGGCCCCAGUGUGUGCAGUGGUUGGAGGGAUCUUGGCACAGGAAAUUGUGAAGGCUCUGUCUCAGAGGGACCCUCCUCACAACAACUUCUUCUUUUUUGAUGGCAUGAAGGGAAAUGGGAUUGUGGAGUGUCUGGGUCCCAAGUGAGUCCAAGACUUGGCAGCCCCAGAGACAUUGACCGAAGCAUGCUCACAUGUAUUUCCCUCCCCCUCCCUCCACAAAGGCAUCUCCGGAGCAGGGAAGAAUGGAGUCAUGGACUCCUACAGAGCAUCUCCUGCAGGCAGGGAGGUGUGCAGAUAUGCUGCUUCCAUUGCCAGCAGUUGCUGGGCAGGGGCACAGGGACUGGGCAUGUUCAUUCAGUACUAUUUGGAACCUUUGGCCACCACAGGCCUGCUUGCUGCCCACAGGGCUAUCACCUCAAACCACCCCUCUAACAUCUGUAUACUCAUCCUGUUAAAGCGCAGCCCAUCCUCUAGGGCAUUGUCGGAGAGCCUGCAGGAGCCUCAGGCCUGUGGAGCCUCCUGCCUCCUUCUUAGGCUUGUUCCCCAUCUGGUGUCAUAUGAGAGGGACACGGCUUCAGGUGGGGAAUGAGGCCCAGGCCCAGUGAUGACACUCAAGUGGAACCACAGUACCAAAUUCAGACAGGUGCCCUUAGAAAAAACACGACGGGCGGAAUGUACUUCCUCCAGAGUUUGAGAUCAUGAAAACAACAGGUGGCGUCUGGUGUGCAGUUCUUUAGUUUUAGUUUGGGAUUAGUCAAGUUCCAGCCUGGAUUGUGGAAGGGAAGAAAUAUUGCCAAGUUCUCUUUUAAGUUAAAUAUUAGUGGGAGAGCUUGUUUCAAAAAGGUAGAUUUAAGCUGGGCAUGAUGGCACAGGCCUGUAAUCCCAGCAGCUCAGGAGGCUGAGACAGGAGAAUCUAAGUUCAAGGU